AUGGAUGGACACGUUGAGAGAUUGAUAAAUAGAUGGAUUAGACUCGUUAUCCCUUGAGAGAGAGAGGGAGAGUAAACUCUUACAUGGGUAACUUAGCAAAAUUCUCAAAUGAACUUGAUGCUCAAACGGUCCACCACAAUGAGGUUACAAUGACGUCACAACAGUCUCAGGAUUCCCAUAGACUAAUCGGAUAAAAUAACAAUAGGUGAAGCGUGAAGUUUUUUUUCUACCACCUGUCGUCCCUAACCUCUUUGACACACAAGAUGGCGUCAUUUGAAACCCAUCCAUUGGUAGUCCUUGGCUCCUUUUGGAAACUUUCUGUUUCGUCUUUCAACUAUGAAAAUGUCCCUCGGUUUUGCUGUACAAAACCACAGGUUUAUGCUUUUCGGUUACGAUUGAACACUUUAACGGACGCGAUGACGACGACGCGACGGUCGGACGGUGUUGACGCCCGCCCGUGCGUCAACGUGUGUCAUUUUUAUAAUGAGGGGCGUGACAAGAUUUCCCCAAUCUGUCACAAUGCUGUGUCUGGUCUGAUUGCUCACAAGAGAGUUCCCCAAAAUGUCCACUCAAAAUCCCUUUGGAGUUACCGGGAAGUCCGAUACGAGUCCGAACGACUGGUUGGCUACGUGAGCGACGUCUUGAGGUGCGGCUCGCCGGCGUCGUUCAUCAUGGUGCUGAGGGAGCUUCCGGUGGAGCAGGUGGCGCGGCCCCUGGGCAGGAACGAGGUGCUGGGGCUCCUGUUCCGCCUCACCGUCUUCGGCGCAGUCACCUACUUCACCAUCAAGUGGAUGGUGGACGCCGUCGACCCCACGCGCAAGCAGAAGGUGGAGGCGCAGAAACAAGCAGAGAAGUUGAUGCGGCAGAUCGGCGUCAAAGACGUCAAGCUGUCCGAGUACGAGAUGAGCAUCGCUGCGCACCUGGUGGACCCGCUGAGCAUGCAGAUGUCGUGGCGCGACAUAGGCGGUCUCGACGAGGUCAUCACAGAACUGCAGGAGACUGUCAUCAUGCCCGUCCAAAAACGACAUCUCUUCCAAACAUCUAGACUUCUGCAGCCCCCCAAAGGGGUCCUGCUGUACGGGCCGCCCGGUUGCGGCAAGACCCUGAUCGCCAAGGCGACGGCCAAGGAGGCGGGCUUCCGCUUCAUAAACCUGCAGCCCAGCACGCUGACGGACAAGUGGUACGGCGAGUCGCAGAAGCUCGCCGCCGCCGUCUUCUCGCUGGCCGUCAAACUGCAGCCCGCCGUCAUCUUCGUCGACGAAAUAGAUUCGUUCCUGAGGAAUCGCUCGAGCUCGGACCACGAGGCGACGGCCAUGAUGAAGGCGCAGUUCAUGAGUCUGUGGGACGGCCUGGACACGGACCACCGCUGUCAGGUGAUUGUCAUGGGCGCCACCAACCGACCGCAAGAUCUGGACUCGGCCAUCUUGAGGAGGAUGCCCACCAGGUUUCACAUCAACCAGCCGAGUUUGCGUCAGCGGGAGGAAAUCCUCAAACUUAUCCUGGAAAAUGAGAGCGUAGACAAGUCGGUGGAGCUUUCCGAGAUCGCCAAGGAAACGGAAGGAUUCUCCGGAAGUGACCUUCGGGAGAUGUGCCGCGAUGGCGCCCUGCUGUGCGUUCGAGACUUUGUACACACUCGCAGCGACGCAGCUUCCCGUUUGUGGCUCUCAGCCCGUCGGAGGAUUUCAUCCGUCCCAUUCACGCGUCUGACCUUCAGAGGGCCAUUGUCAAGAUGAGGAAAUCAAAGAUGGCGGGGGGGCACGGCGCCCUGUUGCACUCCGCUCUAGAUUGAACACCCUGCGAAGCAACAGUCCACAGCGGUGCUGGUUGGAUUUCAGCCCGAUCAGCAAUCAAAAUGUUCACGUGCCACCUCGUAUUUGUCGUCCAAUUUGGACAUGAUCAACAUUGAGGCUCAAUCCACCAAAUGACGUCCAAGGCCGUGCCAGGCCCGCCUGUCGUCUUUUUUUUUUUUUUUCUUGCUGAAGCUUGUUUUGGAAAGUCCUUUCCCAAAAAUUCUUGAAAAAAAAUUGUGUAAACUGGAAUUGUUGUUUCCAUAUUUAUGGCUUUAAUGUGUCUCCUUCCUAGAGGAAAGUUUGUAAAGUUAUUGUAGAUAAUCAUGUCAUUAAACUCUUAAGUUCAAUCAAAGAA